AUGAUCACGGUGUCCAAAAAGCUGAUGGAGUGUGAAUCGCAGAUCUUGGUCUACCCCAUUUAUGUAAUGGAGAAAGUCGAGAGAAAUGUUGCACUGAACGCCACCGUCUGCCAGAGCUUGGUGUACACAGGAGGGAACCCGAAACUCGCAGUGGAUGGUGUCCGCAGAGGGUUCUUCUCUGCAGGCUUCUGUACACACACGGGAUACAACAAGCCAGCCUGGUGGAGGCUGGACCUGAAAAGACCCCACAAGAUUGGCAGGAUCCGCCUCGCCAGGACUGCUGCUCGGAUGCCGCCCUUGGGUGACUUUACGUACAGCAGUUACUACCACAUACAGGAAGGCGGAUGGUCGUGUAGACUCCAUGUAGCGUUUUGUGGUUUUGUCUCUCUUAGGUGCGCCACUGUCCAGGACAUCUCAAAAGAAAGCUACUGCUACUACAGUAUAGAGGGACGCUACGUCUCCAUCGUCAUGCCCAGCCGCAGCGAAUACCUGUUGCUGUGUGAGGCGGAGGUGUUUGGUGUCCCGCUUGUGGACGAUGCUCACGAUGGGAAUAAAGUCAAUGUUCCCUGA